CAGUGGCUUUUACUCUCGGGUUAAAUUGAGAGCUGAGUUUCCCAUUCCCUCCUGCUCUGUCACUACUAAAGCAGCAACCUGAUCAUUUCUGGAUUCUUUUUUAUUCCUGAUGCUGCUGGAAAUGGUGUUUAAAUGACGACUUACAGGACUGAAGCUAAAAAACAGCCAGUUUAGUUUGGAGGAGGUUCAGGUUGGGACUUGGCCUGAGUGCUACAGUGGGCCUGAGGUGUGAAGAUACAGGUGAGACAAGCAAAGCUUCCAAAUCGGCUUAAGUGAAACAAGAAGGAUGAUUCAAGAAGUGUUUACAAAUAUCAUGUGGAUCCACGACUACCUCCUCAAAAGAACAGAUGCACGGGUACGAGAUUACCCGCUGAUGCAGAGCCCGGUCCAGAUGACCCUCAUCUUAGUGAGCUACGUGAUUUUGGUGCUGUACAUCGGGCCGCGCUUUAUGGCAAACCGCAAACCUUAUGACCUCAAGAUCCCUAUGGUCAUCUACAAUUUCUGCAUGGUGUUAUUCAACGCCUACAUCGUUUACGAGUUCAUGAUGUCCGGCUGGGCGACGACGUACACGUGGAGGUGUGACCUCAUCGACAUCUCGACCAGCCCACAGACUCUCAGGAUGAUUCGAGUGGCCUGGCUGUUCUACUUCUCAAAAUAUGUUGAACUUCUGGACACUGUUUUCUUUGUGCUGAGGAAGAAACACAGUCAGGUGACAUUCCUGCACAUCUUUCACCACUCCUUCCUGCCCUGGAGCUGGUGGUGGGGCAUCACUCUUACCCCAGCCGGAGGAAUGGGUUGCUUCCACGCCAUGGUGAACGCGAUGGUCCAUGUCAUCAUGUACACCUACUACUGCCUGUCAGCAGCAGGACCACGCUUUCAGAAGUACCUGUGGUGGAAGAAACACAUGACUGCAAUCCAGCUGACUCAGUUCAUCGUGGUGUCUGUCCACAUCUCUCAGUAUUACUUCAUGGAAGACUGUGAAUACCAGGUGCCCCUGUUCAUCCACCUCAUCUGGAUCUACGGCAUGUUCUUCUUCAUCCUCUUCUCCAACUUCUGGAUCCAGGCGUACGUCAAGGGCAAGCGGCUCCCCGUCAACAACGAGGACAAACCCAAGCAGAACGGCCACGCUCACGGCACAGAGGCGGCCAUAUUGUCUAACGGCAAACACCUGGAGAACAGCACGGUGCACUACACCAACGGGUUUGCCGGGAACGAGAAAGUGAAGCUGGUAUAAAGGAAAAGGGUGGAAAAAUAAGAAGCACGGACAUUGCUAGCACCAGAUGAGCUAGCAUGAAGGACUUGGCGAGAAUGAUCAAAGUUCCUGGGUUUGUGGAUGUUUGAGGAUCACAUGGGAGAUGAUGAGGCACAUCGUCUGGUCACCUGCUUUUUUUGUUGAUUUUGUGUAUUUAUUUGUCCACAGUGCAUGAAGAGAAAACGCACGUCAGGCUUCACAGAUGUCACGGUGAUUUGUGUUUUUCAGCACGUAUGAUUCUCCCGGUUUCUCCGCAUCACGCAUCUGACCCGAAUGUUAAUACAUUUUUGUGCAAAAUUAGGUGGAAUGAUUUUUUUUUUUUUUUUUAUGAUGUGUAUAACUUAAAUAAAAAAUUUUAUAUUAAA